AGUAGAGAGAGAGGAGAGAGAAAACGAGAGAGAGGAGUGUAUGAAGUACUUUGAGAGGGAAAAAAAGCCAGAUGGGAAGCAGAACAAAGGAAAAGCAAGAAAAUGAGGAAAGGAGGAAGAUGAGAGGCGAAGAACUUAACAACUGAGAGGUUGUGUUUGUAACGAGGAUCUGUCAAAAUGUGGAGAUCAACAGCGCGGAGGCAAAUCAGGGCUCUCCUACAGAGGAAGAUCAAAAGGAUGGAUGCAAACACUAGUGGAAAAGUCAAAGGGAAAUAUCAGCAUUAUCCCUGCUAUUCUCUGGUGAAAGGCACAGAUGUGUUGCUCAUAAUCCUGUGGGACUACGAGAUCUGAUGGACUUGGAAGAUGGCUUUUCCAAGUUCCCAGUCAGAAAUUUCAACUGGAACACGGCCUGAAGUCAGAUCUCCGGCUCGGAAAGUUGAAAGAACCUCGACCAACCCCGACCUCAAAAUCCAAGAUGGCCGCUCUGCACAAACGCUGGACGUUUUACUGUGAGCUCUGGAAGUUUCUGGAAGUGCAGUUCACCGUCCGCUGGUGAAGUUUGAGCUGAACUUCCUCUGCGUGCUGCCACGUCUGAGCCCGGUCCCAGCCCCACUUCCUCUGGAGCACAGAGCUGAGAGGACAGCCGCGGAGCAGAGGGGAUAAACUUGAAUUAAAUAACGAUCUGCCAUGCUGCCCAGACUUGCUGUGUAUCUCCUCUUGUCUUUGCCAGUUCUCCUGGUGCAGGGCAGCACAACCAGUUCUUCCAAGAAUAGCCCUGCCGCCCCACCGAGCCCUCCACCUCGCCCGCCUCCUCUUCUGGGUGACCCCACAUGGGCUCUGGGUCUGCGCCUGUACCAGGCCCUUCGCUCUGACUUGAGCUCAGUAAACACCCUGUUUUCACCUCUGCUUGUGGCGUCCUCACUCGAAGCGCUGGGUGGUGGUUCUGCAGGCACCACUGCCAGCCAGCUCCAAGACCUCCUUAAGACUCCUUCCCCCGCCAAGGCCGGAGCCCAGGCUGCGGAGCUUCUGUCCGGGGCAUUGAAGAGCUUCACUAAAGCCAAUGUGACUGCCUUUAACCUGCACACUUCCUCAGCUGUAUUUUCCAAGCAGGCCCCUGCGGUCAGUCAGGCCUUUGUGAAGGACAGCCAGGCCAAGUUCAGGCUGCAGCAUCGGCCACUGGGGAAGGGAGACUCUAAGGCUGACCUGAAGCAGCUCCAUAGCUGGGCGAAAGCCGGGCUUGGUGGACUGGAAGGAGCUCCUUUGGAGGCAAAAAUCCAGGCUAAGGCCGGAGCCUUGAUACUGGCCAAUGCCCUGCAUUUUAAAGGGCUCUGGGAGAGAGAGUUCAGCGGAGAGAGCGCAGAUCGUCGUACCUUCUUGGGGAAGAAAUACACCAAAGUGAUGAUGAUGCACAGAGCAGGUUUGUACCGUCACCAUGAAGACGUGGAAAACAUGGUGCAGGUUGUGGAGGCGCCUCUGUGGGGAGGCAAGGUCAGCCUGGUGCUCCUGCUGCCCUUCCACGUUGAGAAUCUGGCCAGACUGGACAAGCUGCUGACCCUGGAGCUGCUGUCCAAGUGGCUGGAGAAGACCAAUAUUACCAGUGUGGCCAUAUCGCUGCCCAAAGCCAAUAUCACCAGCACAUUAAGUCUGCAGAAACAGUUGUCUGCUCUGGGCUUGACCGACGCCUGGGACCAGAAGGUGGCCGAUUUCUCCGGUGUGUCUGGAAAGAGCAAAGGGAAGCUUCAUCUGGGUGGCGUCCUCCACUGGGCUUCCCUCGAGCUGGCUGCUCAGGCUGGGAAAGGACAGUCAGACCUGGAGGAGGAGAAGGUAGAAAAGCCCAAGCUGUUCUACGCCGAUCACCCCUUCAUCAUCUUUGUAAGAGACAACGCUACCGGAGCCUUGUUGCUGAUGGGAGCUCUGGACCACGCAGAGGGAGAGGCCCUCCAUGAUGAACUGUAGCACCCGCCAACAUAUGUCCUUUAUUCCUGUCUUUUUUUUUUCUUUUGUCUCUGUCUCUUACACUCCUGCUCUCAAAGACUGCGCACCGGUAUCUAAGUCGAGACAUUGUCAUUCACUAUGGCACACUAUCAUAUCAGACUAUGUCUGGCUGUCAUACAUUGACACUGCAUAGUCUCACACUGACUGACACUGACACUGCCAUACCCGACACCUACACAGUCACACACACAGCGACACCUACCUUGCAUACAGAAAUGAAAAUACUGUAUAAGAAAAUACUAAAGUUGACGGUUACAGCAAAAGUACUAACUUAAAAAAACUCCCUGCUUUUUGUCUCUCCCACGCAUGCACACACACACACACACACACACACACACACACACACACACACACACACACACAUUCAAGGCCUCAAUGAUCAAGUCAACACAAAACAAAAUGACAAACAAGAGUGCACUGACAACACUAACAUGCUGACAAGCAGAAGUGGUUACACUGACACAACACUUACAGCAGCAUCAACAAAGAACUUUAACGAACAGAGGCUCACAGUGACACUUGAAUCCCUCGCUGUCAGGCAAACACUGGGCUAGGUGAAUGUGUGUGUGUGUAUGUGUCUAUGUCUAUACUGUAGAUGUGUGUGUGUGUGUGUGUGUGUGUGUGGUGACCAAUACAUUAAGGAUGCCCAUGCGUCCUCUCUCAGAGCUGGCAGGGACCUAUAGCAGGGUCCCUUGGGCUACAUUUGAGGAAGACUGAUGGAUCAGCCAAGUGCUUAUUGAUGAGCCAGCUUAAUGCUAAUGGCUGUAAUGAGUCACAACGCUUGUCAACAACACAGAGAGGACAGGGAACCUUUUAAUCUCUUAAUACCAUCAGAGAUCAAUGAUACCGUUAUGUUGUUGGAGACAAACAUGACUGACAUCCCCUGACUUAAAUGUAACAACUUAAUAUUUAGGAUGAUCACAGCAAAGAGGUAUUGAUUUUCAUCUGUAUAUUUGUUUUUUUAUUUAGUGCCAUUGUGGACGAAUGAGUCGAGUGUCACAACAACAGUCGCUAAUUUUUAAAUGAUAUUGUAUAAGGUGCAUUUUUAAAAAUAAAUAUCUCUGGGUUUGUUUUUA